GCAUCGAUCGCAAAACAUAUCCAAGAUAAGAUGAUCGGUGUGCUACUCCUCCUCAUGGUGCUGUUCGAAAACAGCUUCUGUCUUUCAGAGAAGGGCAGAAUUGCACUGACUAAGGCUUAUGGAGGUAUGGACAUAGAGAAAUGUCAUGAAAGACUGAAAAAGUUUGGCAGGAAAGGCUGGCGUAGAAAAACUGCUCCGGAAGCAAUCCCAUAUGUGAAAGAGGAAACGAAUCCAGCUACGGAAGAAGAUAAGAACGCAACUAAUGAGAAAUUGGACCUUGUCCUCACGAACGGAGGCUCGAUUGAGAAAGUGAAUCAGAUGGAAGGAGUCGACGAGUACUUGUUCGAUGGAGACAUGAUCCUGACCGAGGAACAAAUGGCUGCGUACGAAAAGUCUGUGGGGAAACGGACCCGUAAGAAGCGGCAAAUCUCUUCAAACGCCACUCGUUGGGACAACAACACGGUCUUUUACUAUUUUGACGGGAGCAUAACUGCUCGAAAUCAAGCAUACAUCAAAACAGUGCUCAAGUAUCUCAGUGCUCGUACCUGCAUUGAUUUCGUGGAGAAUAUGACUGCACCCAAUCGGGUGAUGGUUUUCGAUGGAGCUGGUUGUUAUGCAACGGUUGGAAUGGACGGAGGGGUACAGGCCCUGUCAUUAGCUCCAGACUGUAUGGUCGUGGGUACCGUAGCGCACGAAUUCAUGCACACCCUCGGUGCUUUGCACAUGCACAUGCGACACGACAGGGACGAUUAUGUGAAAAUCAGCUUGGAUUCCGUGCCGAUGAAAAACCAUGUGAACUUUCUCAAGCCUAUGCGUUCUAUCAUCUAUACUCCUUACGAAUACGGUAGCAAUAUGCAAUAUCCAAGCGACGCGAUUUGCUGUCCUGGACAACUGUACCGAAUUGUCACGAGUCGCAUCAAUCCGACACCGGUCGUCACAAACAAACAAGACUCGAAUAAUAAAGAAUGCAGUUGUCGUGAUGCGCUAUUACCAUAUAAAACAUGUAUGGCAAAAGCUCAUGGUAGCACGCUAUUUUUGCUAUUCAUCACAACUUUGGGCCUGUUGGAGACUGUCUAUUGCUUGUCAGGAGAGGGAAAGGAGCUCCUCGCAAAAUCUCUUCCCGGAGGGGAUCUCGAAAAACGUCGUGACAGGCUGAAACAUUUGGGAGAACUGUUCUCCAAACGUUACAACCUAACAGCCACUGGCCAGCAAGUAGGCGGGAACGAAUCGACAGACAAUGGAAUACUAGAUGGACAGGAAGCGACAGUCUUUGCCAACGAAAGCACCGGGUUGAGUGUCGAAGAAAUCAACCAAAGAGAGGGUGUCGCUGAGUAUCUUUUCGAUGGAGACAUUAACCUUACAGAGUAA